AUGUCACUCCGUCAGCUGAGCCGGUGCAGCAGGGCCAUGGCCUUCUCGCCUCGUUCUCUGCAUAUCGGCUCUCUGCAGCAUGCUGCACCUAUCACAACCUCGUCAGCCCCGCCGAGUACCGAACCAAAGCCCAAGACUGUCGAGACUGGUACUUCAGGGAAGAGGAAGCGUCCCCUGACUGCUGAACAAGAACGCUUCCUGGAUUCUGCUCUCCGAGUAAAUCAGACUGGUGAACUUGCUGCUGUUCUCAUAUACCAGGCACAAACUCCACCCACAGUCAGAGCACAUCCCCAUCUCCGCCCGCUCAUGAAACACAUGUACGAUCAAGAGGCUGGUCACUUCAAAUACUUCAACAAGAUCAUAGCAAAGCAUCGCAUCCGUCCGACAGCCAUGACUCCAGUAUGGGGUGUUGCUGCUACUGCCUUGGGUUGGUCCACUGCCAUACUAGGUCAGGAGGCCGCAAUGGCCUGUACCGAGGCUGUCGAGACCGAGAUUGGUGAACAUUACAACGCACAGGUGCGAGAGCUUCUGGCAUGGAUGAAGGAUAUGGAAGAACGGGGAGAGGAGCCCGGCGAAGAGAUGACCGACUUGCUUAGCAACCUCCGAAGAAUCAGAGACGAGGAGCUUGAGCAUCUUGAUCACGCCGUCGAGCACGAUGCAAAAGAGGCUCGUCCAUACGAGCUCUUGACCAACGUUAUUCGAGGUGGCUGCCGUGCAGCAAUUUGGAUUAGCGAGAAGGUUUGA